CCAGAGUCUGACAUGACAUUUGCCUUUUACCAAAGUUGUACGUUAAGAGCCCACCAACGUGACGAUCUCCUAAGGAUCCUACUAGUGCGAUAGAAGUAUUGCAGUGAGUCUUUACGACAGGAUUAUUACUCAAACAGACCUCAGAGAGGCUGCCAGUCGUCGAAGUUUAGCUGUUUUAACCAAAACGUCUACACCAACACGGCAACUCCCCCUGACACGAGCAGCACGAUGGAGAAGCCGCCAUUGCCCAGUGAGGAGGAUGGGUGUGUACUGGCUGAGGGCCAUUCAGAAGUGGCUCUGGUAUCAGUAGAUGAUGGAGGACCUGUGGGUGCUGAUGGGCAGAUGGAUGACCGGCCAGCAUGGGACAGCAAGCUGCAGUAUGUUCUUGCGCAAGUGGGCUUCAGUGUUGGUCUGGGCAAUGUUUGGAGGUUCCCCUACCUCUGCCACCAAAAUGGAGGAGGUGCAUUUAUGGUAUUGUAUGUGAUGCUGUUGCUCAUUAUCGGGGUUCCUCUGUUCUUUAUGGAGUUGGCUGCUGGGCAGAGCAUCCGUCAGGGCAGCAUCGGGGUCUGGAAGCACAUCUCACCCCACCUUGCAGGCAUCGGCUACUCUAGCUGCAUGGUUUGUUUCUUCGUGGCCCUGUACUAUAAUGUGAUCAUUGCCUGGUCUCUGUUCUAUAUGGGGAAUUCAUUUCAAUAUCCAUUGCCAUGGGAAAAUUGCCCUGUCUAUAUGAACACAAACCAGACAGUAAAAGAAUGUGCAGCAAGCUCUCCUACCUCAUAUUUCUGGUUCAGGAAGGCUCUGGACAUUUCAGACUCCAUAGAUGAGUCAGGAGAAUUGAACCCCAUCAUGACUGGUUGCCUCCUGGCUGCCUGGGCCAUAGUGUGUCUUGCAAUGAUCAAAGGCAUCAAGUCUUCUGCCAGGGUGAUGUAUUUCUCCUCUGUGUUUCCUUAUGCUGUGCUGAUCUGUUUUCUCAUUAGAGGGCUCAUGUUGGAUGGUGCCAUAGAUGGCAUCAAAUAUAUGUUUUAUCCUAAGUUGGAGAUUUGGAGAGAAGUGCAGGUGUGGCGUCAGGCUGCCACACAGGUGUUCUUCGCACUGGGUCUGGGUUAUGGCUCUGUGAUUGCUUACUCAUCCUAUAACCCUGUGCACAACAAUUGCCACCGUGACGCCAUCAUGGUCUCUGGCAUCAAUUUCAUGACCUCAGUGUUGGCCUCCCUUGUUGUCUUUGUGGUCCUUGGUUUUAGAGCCAAGAACGUUGCCCUGAACUGUGUUGCAACUAAUGUGGCCAAGCUGGCAGGAAUUGCAACAACAGGUUCAUCGCAGCAUUGGUGGCCAUGGUUCAACAUGUCUGACCCCAAAUCAGUGGGUCUACAGGAAUACAGAGAAUGGUACAGCCACUAUGGAACUCUGCUGGGGUCAAACAUCACAGACUGUGACGUGGAAAGGGAAAUGAGCAAGGGAGUGGAAGGGACCGGUUUGGCAUUUAUAGCAUUUACAGAAGCAAUGGCUUUGUUCCCUGCAAGUCCAUUUUGGUCCGCCUUGUUCUUUCUCAUGCUGCUGAAUUUGGGCCUCUCCACCAUGUUUGGAACCAUGCAGGGAAUUCUUACCCCACUCAUGGACAACUUCAGAAUGCUGGGCCACCGCAAGACCAUGUUGACUGUGUGUAGCUGUAUCCUGGGCUUCUUCAUUGGUCUGCUCUUCACUCAAAGAAGUGGCAACUAUUUUGUGACCAUGUUUGAUGAUUAUUCUGCCACAUUGCCGCUGAUCAUCGUGGUCAUCUUUGAGACUAUCAGUGUGGCAUGGAUUUACGGUGCUGAUCGGUUCUUGGAUGAUGUGGAAGUGAUGUUACACUGGCGCCCCCCGGUGGUGUAUCGCUACAUGUGGAAGUAUGUGUGCCUGCUCAGUAUGGUAGGACUUCUAGCUGCCAGUCUUCUCCGUGUGGUCCUCAAACGACCCACUUAUACAGCAUGGAAUCACAACACGGGUUCUGAAACUAGUCUUGAGUACCCUGGCUGGGCUCUGGCAAUGCUCUCCAUGUUAAUCAUGGCAGCAUCUCUUCCUGUGCCCAUUGGCUACCUGCUAUCCUAUCUAAAAGAUGGAUGGAGCCAAUCAGUGGAGGUGGGUGAAGCAGAGCGCCAAAAAGAACGAUACUCCAAAUGUAACUCCACUGAAUCAGAACCAAAUAACCAGCACUCCUUACUGGAUGAAGACGGGGGUCUGCCCCGUUCCACCUUUCUUCCACUGGGUGCUGAGCACUACAGGCUGCUCCCACAACAGGAAGAUGAAGAGGAAGAGGAAGAGGAAGACACAGGGGUUUAAAACAUGGGAGAGGACAAAAGGCUGGGGAGUAAGGAGAUAAACCGGUGUUUUGGGGCAAUGCGAAGAAAAAUACAGGACUAUUUAUUGAUCAGGAUUGGAUUAUUUAAUGGUGUGGAGGGAGACAGACUCCAUUUAUUCUCAUUAUGCUAAUGAACAUUCAUGAAAAAUACAUCUGUCAACUACAGCCCUCUAUGAGAGGGACACUUUUUAUAAGUGUACUAACCGGUUCUUGAAACCCUCAAUGGAGAGCCUUAGUUAUAUGUCCUAUACAAGAAGUGCCUUUAUCUUCAUAAAUGUACACACUUAGAAUUUUAUAUCUGAUAACAGCUUCACCAAAGGAAGAGCAAGACAUUUAAUGCAACACGUUGAAGUUAAUAACACAAGUAAAUAUGGUAGAAGACUAUUGGAGGUUUAAAGGAAUAGUUCACCCCAAAAAUUAAAAAUCACUCAUCAUUUACUCACCCUCAAGCCGUUACAGAUGUGCAUGACUUUCUUCUGCAGAAUGCAAAUGAAGAUUU